CGUUCCUCGCGUAGUUUUCCAGAAAGUAUUAUACAACGUAGCAUUACUAUCAGUAUCUGUGCACGUGGCCUGAACAGCCCGUGAAAUCCCACACUGAAUAUAUCUGCGUGCUGCUACCACUCUGCAAGUCACGAUGUUGUGGAUCAGUCUCUUCCUCCUCCCCAUGUUCACCUCCCCCUGGGUGUCAGGAAUGAUGGACCUUACCAUCACCAAGACCUGGGGGAACACCAUCAAGUCGGAAUUCUGCUUGUCCGUCACGCAUGACGUCAUCAACUGGCGGGGACAUCUAUUCUUUGACCAACCAACCAACAACAUGCAGUUUUACUCUGGAGUUGUGAUAGAGUCCAUGGACAACGGGAAGGAGUAUGUGAUAGAGCACACUCCCCGCCAUGGCGAACUGACCACGGGUAGCAAGUACUGUGGUCACUUCAUGGUGGACUACACUGGCCAGAAACCCUCAAGCAUACAGUUCUACAUUGAAGGGGUGAACGGACCUACUCCCACACCAGAUUACCAUAGGGGUCACGUCCUCUGGGAACUGAAGUCUUUCGACCCCAACAACUACCUGAACAACUGGAAAGCCCUGGCCGACGGUCAGUGGGACGAAGGCUCUGGGUCAGUUGUGGAUGACCCUGCUGGAGGGGGCGAUAAGGUUCUUCGGGUGUUCUACGAAAAAGGCCAAUACGUCGGACUCCAUAAUCACCGGGGUCUUGGAUUCUACGCCAAACCUGCUGCUCCACAGAAGGCCUUGACCCUUAGCUAUGACCUUUUCUUUGACCCUAACUUUGACUUCGUCAAAGGAGGUAAGUUGCCUGGACUGUUUGGAGGCUGGGUGAAUUGUUCCGGGGGUGAGCAUUCCGACACGUGCUUCACGGCCCGGCUGAUGUGGAGGGUGAACGGGGAUGGCGAGAUAUAUGCCUACAUUCCCUCUCAACAGGUGUCUACUUUCUGCCAUGAAGUCCAGUGCAACUUCCAGUACGGCAAUUCCCUGGGGAGAGGGAGUUGGAGGUUCCAGAAAGGGAAGUGGCAGACCAUUACAGAACACAUCACCCUCAACACUCCCGGGAAGACGGACGGGUUUGCCAAGAUUUGGUAUAAUGGCUACAGUGUCUAUGAAAUCAACAACGUCAACUUCAGAAACAACCCCAACAUACUAAUUGACGGGAUAUUUUUCUCCACCUUCUUUGGAGGCAGUACUUCGAGCUGGGCCCCGACGAGGGACUGCUACGCCUACUUCAAGAACUUUGUCCUAUCCACUGAAAACAUUGACCCUCCUCGCAUUGUGGGUUAAGGGUAUGAUUCAUCGCUUAUAUGACAUAUUACCGGUAUUGUGCACUAUGUCAUCAAUACACAAAUAAGUGGA